UGCCUGGCGUUCCCGGAAGUGGCGCUGCGAAGCUUAAUUGGCGGGUCUGUUCGGUGCGCGCGAGGGGGAGCACAACUGGCUCUAUCCAUAAACAGCUCAAUGUCCUUCCAGUGGCUGUUGCUGGUGUCUGCCUUCCUUUUUUAGAUUAUGAGCCCUUCAGGGACAAGGAGCCAUCGUAUGUAUGCACAAGACAGCCAGUUCCUCUCUUUCGGAGUCUGACGGUCUCAACAGAACUUGCGGCAUUGGUCUUCGAAGCCAAAGAGGCUGAUUGAAAGGCUUUAUGCAUGGCCUGCAGUACCUGAAUCCCCGUCUGGCUCCUGCUGCAGCAUGACCUUCCGCUGACCCACUCAGGAAGAACCACGCCUGCCUCAUCAGUUACCCAUGUGCAUCCUCUUCUUUAAGUUUGACCCGCGACCUGUUUCCAAAAAUGCUUACAGGCUUAUCCUAGCAGCGAAUAGAGAUGAGUUUUACCACAGACCCUCAAAAUCAGCAGACUUCUGGGACAGCAGCAAUGAGAUCCUCAGUGGUUUGGAUAUGGAGGAAGGAAAAGAAGGCGGGACGUGGCUUGGGAUCAGCAAGAAAGGCAAAAUGGCAGCCCUGACAAACUACAUGCAGCCAAAGAUCGAUAAAAAUGCAAAAGGGAGAGGUGCCCUGGUGACAAACUUUUUGACCACAGAUCUGGACAGCUACUCUUACUUGAAGAAAGUGGCUUUAGAAGGACACCUUUACAAUGGAUUUAAUUUAAUAGCUGCAGACCUGAACACCACCAAGGGAGAUGUAAUUUGCUAUUACGGAAACAAAGGAGACCCAGAGCCCACGUUCCUAAAUCCCGGGAUGUACGGCUUGAGCAAUUCUUUGCUGGACACGCCGUGGAAGAAGCUCCAAUAUGGCAAGCAGCUCUUCAGUGACGUCGUUGGGGGCAGCCAGGGCCUCGCGAAGGAAGAUCUGGUGCAAGAGCUCAUUAAAGUGAUGAACAACCAAGACCCGCAGUUGCCGGACCCUGCGAUUGAGGAUCAGGGCAAAGACUACAUCCUCCCCAUCCUGAACCAGUACGCAGCCGUCUGUGUCCGUUGCCCGGGUUAUGGAACCAGAACAAAUACAGUCGUUCUCAUUGAUGCAGAAGGACAUGUCACUUUCACUGAGCGCACCAUGCUGGAUGCAGACGUCGACCAAUGGAAAACCAGCACCUAUCAGUUCAAACUGCAGAUGUAACCGCUUUCCAUUUUCAGUGGGGCACAUUCAAGACAGGGAAAUCGGGUUGAACUCUGGGGCUGGGGAGUCGGGGAGGCCUUGGUUCCUUGGGCAACCACCAAAACCUUUUGCACAAAAGCCAGAACAGGAUAUUUGGAACAGGAGAGGAGCGGGCUCUGCUUAAAAACCAACUCUGUUUUGCACCAAGUGUUCAACUUUCAGAAAGGACACACCGUCAGGCUAUGGAAUUGGCACAAAUGUUAACCUGCGAUCAUUAGGGGAUGCGAUUGUCUCUUGAAUAAUCAUGUACUACUCCCCCCACCCCACCCCACCCCACCUUUUGAUUAAACCACCAAAUCCACAGUAAAUAUUUAGAGAAGUAAAAUCAAUGUCAGGGGUGCCCCUGCUAGUCUUGGUUCAGUAGCAUCUGAUUUGCAGGCAACGUUUUAUGCACAAGAGUCCCUCAUCUGCUUCAGCGGUGGGGUGGCCAUGCCCUCCUCUCCACUCGGCAUGCGGGACUGUCCGGGAGAUUGAAGUGAACAAACUAGCCUCUCAUCAUAGGAGCCCUCAGAAAGCAGGAGGACUCUCGGAAGCAGUUGCAGGGGAGUCACUGCAGGAGACAUGGCAUGCUCUCAGCUCUUGCCUGUGGGCUGGCUUCUGGUGGGCCACUGUGAGAAACUAGAGGCUGGACUAGACAGGCCUUGAGACAGUUCCAGCAGGGCUGUUCUUAUGUUCUUGUGAGCUGUGCAUAAACCCCAGGGCUCCAGCGUGAAAGGAGAAAACCAGAAUCAAUUUCGCUCCUUCCUUUUGAACUCCCCCAAGAUCUGUUUGUAGACGUGUGCCUGCUUUCCUGAAGUGUUAUUGCCCUGUGUGGUGGGGUUUAACAACAACAACAACAACAAUCUACCUUGUGGUGGAAAGUGAAUGGUCUUUGGGAUGACUGUCACCAGCAGCAGCGGGUGGCCAGACGCUCGUGGAAGCAAGUAUGGGAAGGGACUUUGCCUCCAAGCAAGGAGGAACAGAACAAAUUGCAGGGUGAGUCUUAAGGUUAGCCGACGUUUUAUGAUUAUGAUGGGAAACAGCGGUGUAGCCCAUGUUAAUAUGUGGCCAUCACACAUGAGGGUACAUCCAUUGGUAAACCCAGUGUAUCCUUCUCUGGGACAUGUAUACACUUGAGAGCUGGUCUUGGGGUAGCCAGGAUGAAUUGUCCCCUUUGCUAAAGAGGGUCUGCCUUGGUUUGUAUUUGGAGGGUGGACUGCAUGUGAGCACUGUAAGAUAUUCCCCCCAGAGGGUGGGGGCCAUAGCUCAAUGGAACAGCAUCUAGCUCUCAGGUUCCCUCCCUGGCAUCUCCAGGUAGGGCUGGGAGAGACUCCUGCCUGAAACCUUGGAGAAGCCGCUGCCAGCCUGGGUAGACAACGCUCAGCUAGAUGGGCCAAUGAUCAGACUCAGUAGGAGGCAGCUUCCUGUGGUUCUAUGUCUGUCAUGGCCACAUGUUUUCUUUGGAAAGCACUAGACCCCCAAACCACAUCCGCUGUUGUACUAUGUGGAUAUGCUCUUGGACAGAAUAGGCAGCCACAGAAUACUGUGUAACAGGGGUUCUCAAACUUGGGUCUAAAGGAUGCUGUCAGCUGCUCUGGACCUUUUGGGAAGAGCAGGAUAUAAAUGUAACAAACAAAUAAAUAAUUGUGACUGGGGAUGAUGGGAGUUGUAAUCCAACGACGUCUUUGGACUCCUGCUGUAUGCCAAGAGAGAGAGAGCUUCAGACUUGCCUUCUGGCAAUUUAGAGUUCUUAAGCUGCAAUCCCAUGCACAUUUGGGAGUAGAUCCCAUGGAACAUGACAUAACUUCCAAGUAAACACACACAGGGUUUCUCUGCUUCUCAUGUGGAGUCUCUUGUCUUUCCAUAACCUUUCGGUGGCAUUGCCCUUGUUUGUAGUAUUGGCACAUACAGAAAGUUUAAAACAAAAAAAUCCCUCUAGAUGCCAUGACUAAAUAUCAGGGAAUGUUGCGAAGAUGUCUUUUAUUUCCCUUUAAUGCUUAGAUUCAAUGAUGUCUGUAGCCUUAUACGCUGGAUAGUAGAUCUGCAAAUGUGACCCCUGACAGGCAAAUGCAUCCAUGAAUAUCGUUUGCUUGUUCAGGAUCACAGGAGUCUUUGAUUCUGGACAGGUUGUUGGGACUUAAGCAUUGCUCUCUGGUUUUGUUCUUUGAGAUGCAGUUGGAAGAUCUGGGCCUUCAAGACACAUAGCCUUGUAGCAAAAUGCAGAGGUGAAGCCCAUUUCCUAAAUGACAGUAUUCACACACACCCUUUUCUCGCUACACAGGGGUUAUCCCGAUGUAAGGGGGAAAGUCGCAUAAAGCAGCCAGGAGAGGUGAUCUUUCUGAAGGCACUUAGAACUUUUCAUUUCGUCUGCAUCUGACAGGCUGCGUGGAAAGCCAUAACAGUCGGUCCUCAUUACUCUGGUGGUGUUUCCAGUUUUGUGCCAUCCAUACUUCAUUGAGCCUUAAACAUUGCUCUGUGUGUAUGUUCAUGCAACUUUAACUUGAAGCUGCCAAUCAAAAAAUAGGAGGACAUAUUGAUACACAUGCAAGGCUGCCAAGGAAGAGAUGCAUUGCAUAGCUAAAGUGUAGACCUUUUGAAAAUGUGUGUUUUUUAAAAAAAGAAUAAAACCUUGAGCAGCCUGAAGAUUAAAGCUUUAAUGCAACUAAAAGGACCACAGGGCUACCCAAGGUACAUAGGAAGCUGCCAUAUACGGAGUCAGACCAUUGGUCUAUCUAGCUCAGUAUUGUCUUCACAGACUGGCAGCAGCUUCUCCAAGGUUGCAGGCAGGAAUCUCUCUCAGCCCUAUCUUGGAGAUGCUGCCAGGGAGGGAACUUGGAACCUAGAUGCUCUUUCUAGAGUGGCUCCAUCCCCUGAAGGGAAUCUCUUCCAGUGCUCACACUUCUAGUCUCCCAUUCAUAUGCAACCAGGGUAGACCCUGCUUAGCUAAGGGGACAAGUCAUGCUGGCUACCACCAGACCAGCUCUCCUCCCAUAGUUCCUUCUCCCAAGGUAAUAAAGCGUCUGGGAUUCUUUACUUUAGGAAGAAAUAUAACCAUGGGGGGACCUGAUGGAGGCUAUAAAAUUAUACAUAAUGUGGAGAAAACAGAAGGUCCCCCCUCCCGCCCCUAUCAUAAUAGAACUCAGCAGUCCGCCAGUGCAACUGAUUCGCAUUAGAUUUGGGACAGGCAAAAUAAAGUCCUUCUUCACACAACAUACCGUGCGUGGUGUUUGCUGCCACUAGAUUAGUGGUCAGGACCACUGUCUUAAACGGCUUUAGAACAGGGGUUCCCAACUUGUGGUUCUCCAGAUGUUGCUGAAUGACAUCUCCCACGAUGAAUUAGGUCUGGGGGUGAUGCGGGUUGUAGCUCAGCAACAUCUGGAGGACCACAUGUGGCUUAGGAGAAGAUAGGUUUGUAAAGAAUGGAUGUAUCAGUGGCAGUUAACUGAGAAGGCUAAAUGGAACCUCCGUGUUCAGAAACGGCAUACUUGGGCUUCCUGAUCGCAUCUGGCUGGGGCGGCCCUUCCAUGAGGCGAGGCGGUCGCUUCAGGCGGCUGAUUAUUGGAGUGCCAGCAAGGUGACCUCCUGCCCUCACUUUUUUAGAAAGGGAAAGGGAGAGGAGGCUGAGCAAAAUGAGGAUAGUGCUUGGCACUCUGCCUCAGGAGCACAGAUGUUUUGAGUCACCCCUGCAGCUGGAUGACCCCCUCUGCAUUAGACUGGCCUUUUUGUCGGAUGCAGUAGGGCUGCUCUUCAGUGUGCCUGCUAACAGUGGUUCCCUGUUGACUACAGUUCCCAGAAUCCCCAGCUGCAAUGGCUUUUGCUUCGGGAUAAUGGGAGUUGUAGUCAACAACAUCUGGGAAUCCCUGUUAGAGGGAACACUGCUGGUCUUAGAUCCCCUGAGAUUACUCACCAUCUCGUUUGGUCUAGGACCGUAAAUAAAACUUGACUUGACUUGACUUACUCACCAUCUUGGCUGAAAUCUAGUUUAGAGGACUUUUAGUCCCUGGUUUCUUGGAUUUUAGAGUCUAUGAUCAGUAAGUACAACAAACAAAAGUAAUACAGUAUAAUUCACCCACCCACCCACCCAAAAAACCCCACCAAAACUUAAUAUGGGAGUUUAAAGUGUGUUUUUAAUUUGACUCAUAUUUCUGUUUUAAAAUCUACCUCUCAUGUCUGAGAAAGGGAAACCCAAACAUGGCGGAGGGGUGUGUGUGUCAUGCUGUGGGGUUUUUUUUGGGGGGAAGGGGUUGUGGGGCUGUUGUUGGUCAAAAAAUUCAUACAAAAUGUGUUCCUAGCACAGCUAUGCCAUAAGAACGAGCAAAAUGGUGGAUUAGGGGCGACGUUUGACAUCGCACUUGAUUCUGAACUGGCUAGGCGGAUGGUCAACCCCUCCUGUAUUCUACCAAAGACAACCGCAGGGCUCUGUGGUCGCCAGGACUCAACACCGACUCGACGGCACAACUUUACCUUUGAUGCAGAAGGGGCAAUAGUGCAAUUGGAGAGUGUCUCCUUUGCGUGCAGAAAGUUCCCGAUUCAGUCCCUGGUAUUUCAAGAUAGGGCUGGGGGAGACCCCCACCUGAACACCUGCAGUGUGGCCUGGACUGGCCGUGACUCUGCUGCCAGUCAGUGUAGACAAUUCCACUCUGGAUGGACCAAUGGCCUGACUCAGUAUAAGGCAGCUUCCAGUGUUCAGAGAAAGCAGUCAGGGGUUCGGUACAGGGAUAACUUGUUCAGGAUUGAGCAGAUGAGUUUACUGAAUAUGUGGACAGUAUUCCUGGAACGUAUUCAGUAUUCCUGGUCCUGGAACGUUGUAAGAUGUGCAUUUGAUACUUAUGACUCUCUCCCAACCUCCAUCUUGAGGAUGUUUUCUGGCCACUUCCCUACCAAAAGCUUCCAGCCAACCAAGUUGAAACAAAAAACAUGUUGUCUAAAGCGGUGGUGAGAAUAAGGAAGCUCUACCUUUGAUAACACUGAGAUACAAAACUCCCAGUCUGCCUGGUGUAUCCCAUUCCUAGACUUGUACCACUUCAAAGCACAGAUGUGGGAGUGGAAGUUCAGAUGCUGCCCUCACACAUCCCUUGCAAAACUAGCAGAUCAGUGAGACUUGUGCUCACCGACAUAUUAGUUUGUAACCUGCAGGAAGAAGGGAUGUUACCAAUUUUACCUCUUGCCAAAAUCCAUGACGGAAUGCAUUGUUCUGGAUCCCUCCCACUCCCCAGUGGAUAAGAUGUCCACAGAGUCUAUGCAUUCCAAAUAUUGGUGUAAAAAUACAUAUUUAAAGGUAGACUCUGCGACAUACCACACCAGCUAUUUAGGUGGGGACUAUAUGAAAAUACUUGAAAAAUAUGUAUUUAAAUUUUUAAUAUUAUUAUUAUUAUUAAUUUUUUGGUGAUGGGGGAGAAAUCCAGGGAUGUUUUGCAGAAGAGAGCAGAAUGGAAAUAAAGAACGGAAAGCCUGUUCUUGCUCAGGACAGAAAUCCAAGGAAAGUUCAGGCAGAACAGAAACCCAUGUUCAUCCCUAGCAGGGCAUUUUGAUGUGAGGAACAAUUGAAACUUCCAAUCUCCCACCUCCAGCCUGAAGUGGCAUAGUCAGAACCCACACAUUGGGUCUAAUGAAUUGUGUUAGUUUUGGUUUUAAAUGCAAAUUGUAAUUCCUUUUAGUGCACUGAAAAUGCAAAUGAGAUAUGGCACAAGGCAGAAUUUGUGGGGAAACGGGUUUUUUAAAAUUUUUGCAAUGUAUUUAGAAACGGAGACAGUCAUGACGAUGAAGCAUGCGCUUGGCUGGUGUGACUUUUAGCUGUUCUGCCCAAGUAAAAAGCCAUGCGCCGUGUGUGUUGGAAUGAUUGCGUUGCUUGGCCUUCUGAAAUAGAAGGGAUUUUAAAUAUCAUUUCCAUGUUCUUUUAAAAUUUGUUUUAUAUAUUUUGUCACUUGUACUCAAAACGAAGCCAAUAAACUGUUUGAACUGUA